UAAUAAUAAUAAUAAUAAUCAUACUGUAAUAAUAUAAUAUAAUCUAUACAUACAAUAUAUCAUAUACCUUGCCCAAUAUAUACAUUCACCCAAAAACCUGGCUACACCUUCAUUCAAAAUCCCCUAACUCACUCCAUCUUUUUCAAUUCCAUGCAAUGGCAUCCGCCAAACAAACAUUCACAGUAUGUUUCUGUUUCCGACGUCGUUUUCGGAUUCCGUCCGCUGAGCCUCCACCGGGAAUCAAGUUCCUGUUCGAUCAGUAUUCUGAUCACGGCACAAUGACCGCUGAUCACCUUAUGCAUUUCUUAAUUGAGGUUCAGAAACAGGACAAAACCACCAUUCAAGAAGCUGAAGCCAUAAUUAUGAAUCAUAAUUCUCCUUUUAUUUUCCAUCGAAAGGGAUUUAAUCUUGACGCCUUCUUUAGAUUCCUUAUCUGUUCUUCUAAUCCGGUUCUUUCGCCUUCUCGUCAGGCUCACCAAGAUAUGACUGCACCAUUGUCUCAUUAUUUUAUCUUCACUGGCCACAACUCGUAUCUAACUGGGAAUCAACUAAGUAGUGACUGUAGUGAUGUUCCCAUUGUUCAAGCGUUGGAGAGAGGUGUAAGAGUCAUUGAGUUAGAUAUAUGGCCUAAUUCUGAAAAGGAUGAUGUGCUUGUCCUUCAUGGAAUGACAAUGACCAGUCCUGUUGAACUCCUCACCUGUUUAAAGUCUAUUAAAAACCAUGCUUUCUCUGCAUCUGAGUAUCCUGUUGUGAUUACUUUAGAAGAUCACCUUACCACAGAUCUUCAGGCUAAAGUAGCAAAGAUGGUCCAUCAAAUAUUCGGAGAUAUGUUGUUUACUCCCGACAAGGAAUGUUUAGAGAAAUUGCCCUCACCAGACUUUCUCAGAAAACGUGUCAUCAUCUCUACUAAACCGCCUAAAGAAUACCUUAAAGGGGGAAAUCCAAAGACAAAGGAAAAUGGACCACAGGAGAAGGAUCCAUCUGCAGGAGCUUGGGGUGGCGAAAUUUCAAGCUCUCUUGAUGAUAAGGAUGAUUCAGAUGACGACGACGAUGAUGAAGAUCUUGAAUCUGACAGUGUAGCUCCUGAAUACAAAAGUUUGAUCGGCAUACAUGCUGGAAAGGGAAAGGGUGGUUUGGAUGAUUGGCUAAAAGUGGAUCCUAAUAAAGUAAGACGACUUAGCUUAAGUGAACACGAGCUUGAGAAGGCAGCAAAAACUCAUGGCCCACAAAUUGUCAGAUUUACGCAGAGAAAUAUUUUGAGAGUGUAUCCUAAAGGAAUAAGAUUUGACUCAUCUAAUUACGACCCAAUGAUUGGGUGGAUGCAUGGAGCUCAGAUGGUGGCAUUCAAUAUGCAGGGGUAUGGAAGAUCACUGUGGUUAAUGCAAGGAAUGUUCAGGGGCAAUGGAGGUUGUGGAUAUAUUAAAAAGCCUGAACUCUUGUUGAGGGAUGGUCCUGAGGUCUUCGACCCCCGGAUCCAACUACCGUUGAAAAUGACCUUUAAGGUAACCCUUUUUAUGGGUGAAGGAUGGUAUUAUGAUUUUAAACACACACAUUUUGAUGCAUACUCGCCUCCAGAUUUCUAUGUGAAGAUUGGUAUUGCUGGAGUACCUGCUGAUUCUACUAUGAAAAAAUCAAAGAAGGUAGAGGACAGUUGGAACCCAAGUUGGAAUGAAGUUUUCGAGUUCCCAUUAACAGUUCCAGAACUAGCUCUGCUUAGAAUCGAAGUUCAUGAAUAUGAUAUAUCAGAAAAGGAUGAUUUUGCAGGCCAAACAUGUUUACCAGUACGAGAGAUAAGUAAAGGCAUACGAUCUGUUCCUCUAUACAGUCAAAUGGGAGAUGUGUAUCAAUCUGUGAAGCUGCUUAUGUGCUUUGACACUGUUUAGGUUGUCUUGUCUAUUUCUUCUGUUGUUUUUACAAGGCGCUGGAUUUUCCAGUUAUGGUGUUUACGGUCACACGUAUAGCAAAGAGUCAAAACUAUGUACAGAAGCUCCAUGUUGACUUUCAUCGACUAUCAUCAUCAGCAAACAUAUAACGUCUGCAGUCUGUAUAGUAAAAUGUGUGGUACAACCAGCAUUAUUAGAUCACAAGAUAAUGCACCAUAAUGCUACAAUAUUAGUAGACAUGCAUUUGUUGUUCAUUGACAGAUGUAGCAGCAACACUGGUACAAUCAAUGGGGCUACCCUGAAAGCAUUUAAGGUAUAUUUUUACAGUUGGUGUGAGCAAUGGCAAACCCGAGAACUUGCUGAACUAUUUUGAUGCGCAUUAAUUCCUGGGUGAAACUUAUUUAUUUUAUUUUUUUUAUCUUUUUAA